GUGCCUCUCGAAGACUCACCUUUGAUUGUCACCACCUAACAGACUCGUGCGUCGAAUGGCGUGCAACGAACGCCUUGCGAACGGCGCGGAAGGAUACGUCGGACUCCCCAACGUCCCGUACUCCCAGUGCGAGGAGUGGUGCAAAGCCGGCACCGCCCUGGGCAUCACCGACCUCGACGUCUGCUCCAUCGCGUGGAACAACCCGGUCCCGUGGCGCAAGAUCGCGGGCGACUUCGGCGAGGGCGCCAUCAUGGACGAGUGGGCGGGGUACGUGCUCGUGCUCGGCUUCGGCGUCUUCUUCUCCAUCGUCACCACCAUCAUGGUCAAGCUCGAGCAGAUCUACGGCGGCCUCGUCAUCUCGUCCGAGCACUUCAACACGGCCGGUCGUAAUAUCAAGACCGGUCUGACCGCCGCGGUCAUCGUCUCCCAGUGGACGUGGGCCGCCACCCUCCUCCAGUCGUCGAACGUCGCCUCCAAGUACGGCCUCUCCGGCCCCUUCUGGUACGCGGCGGGCGCCACCGUGCAGAUCCUCCUCUUCGGGAUCCUCGCCAUCGAGAUCAAGAAGAAGGCGCCCAACAUGCACACCUUCCUGGAGAUGAUCGACGUGCGCUGGGGCAAGCUGGCACACCUGACCUUCCUCUUCUUUGCCAUCUGCACCAACCUCAUCGUCACGGGCAUGCUGCUCCAGGGCGGCGCCGCCGUCGUCAACGCCGCCUCGGGCAUGCACAUCGUCGCGGCCAACUUCCUCAUUCCCGUCGGCGUGAUCCUCUACACGUGGUUCGGCGGCCUCAAGGCCACCUUCCUCGCCUCCUACAUCCACACCUCGGUCAUCAUGAUCUGCCUCGUCGUCUUCAUCACGUACGUCUACGCCGUGCCGGGCGACAUCGAGUGCACGUCCGCAACGGAGAAGCAGUGCAACGCGCUCGGCUCGGCGGCGCUGCUGUGGGAGCGGCUCCGCUUCCUCAACUACCUCCCUGCCAAGACCGCGGGGAUGACGUUCCCAGAUGGCGCCUACGUGCCGACCGCGGACGAUCCGGGACCGGGCAACUUUGAGAAACUCACGUACACCGAGAAGGACUACCACCACGGCCCCGUCAACGGCAACCGCGGCGGCUCGUACCUCACCAUGCUCUCCGAGGACGGCCUCAGCUUCGGCGUCGUCAACAUCGUCGGCAACUUCGGCACCGUCUUCGUCGACCAGUCCUACUGGCAGUCCGCCAUCGCCGCGCGCCCCUCGUCUGCGCACCGUGGCUACCUGCUCGGAGGCCUCGUCUGGUUCACCAUCCCCAUGUCGCUCGCCACCGCGCUCGGCCUCUCGUCGCUCGCGCUCAACGUCAAGAUGCCCGCCGACGAGGCCGCCGACGGCCUCGCGCCGCCCGCCGCCGCCAUCGUCCUGCUCGGCCAGGGCGGCGGCAUCAUGAUCAUCAUCAUGCUCUUCAUGGCCAUCACCUCGACCGGCUCCGCCGAGUGCAUCGCCGUCGCCUCCCUCUUCGCGUACGACAUCUACCGCAAGUACAUCAACCCCGAGUGCACCGGCGCCCAGCUGCUCAAGGUGUCGCGCCUUGUCGUCGUCGGCUACGGCAUCGUCUGCGGCCUCUUCGGCUACUUCCUCUACGGCGUGGGCGUCGGCCUCGGCUGGGUCUACAACUUUAUGGGCACCAUGAUCGGCUCCGCCGUCAUCCCCGUCUCGUGCUGCAUCUGCACGCGCUACAUGACCAAGAACGGCGCCAUCGCGGGCGCGUGGGGCGGCAUGAUCCUCGCCCUCGUCUCGUGGAUGUCGGUCGCCGCCUCGCGCUGCACCAACGGCGACGACCCCGACGACCUCGCAGAGGGAGUGGACUGCGAUACGGGCAAGCUCAACGUCGACACCCUCGGCAACAUCAACGCGCAGACCGCCGGCUCCGUCGUCGCGCUCUGCGUCUCGGGCAUCAUCGCCUUCCUCGUCGCGAGCAUCGAGUACAAGAUGGGCACGGAGCAGCCCUUCGAGUGGGAGAAAAUGCGCGAGGGCAUCAAGCGCGUCGAGCAGGAGGCGGACGACGUCCCCGAGUACGAGAUGACCUCCGAGUACCUCGACCCGGCCGCAAAGUACGUCUUCAAGUAUGGCGUCGGCUACUCGGUCUUCCUCAUCUUCGUCUGGCCGCUCGCCGUCAUCGCGUGGGGCGUCUUCGACAAGGCCAACUACACGCUCUGGGCCUCGGUCGCCUUCUGCUGGGGCUACAUCGCCUCGGGCUUCAUUGUCGUGCUUCCCAUCUACGAGUCGUGGGGCUCGAUCUCCAACGUGCUGACGUGCAAGAAGGCCACGCCGGCGACGAAGGAGCAGGCUUGAGCCGCGCCCGGCGGCUCGAGAGCCUCCCCCCACUUCCCCCUACCCUCCGUUCCCCCGCGCCCGACGACCCCGGCGAGAAUGGCGGCGCGAGGGCAAGCGCGCGCACCCACAAGCCGCCUCCUCGAGGGCUCGAGUAGAGGCGGCACGUGGGUGUGCGAGGCGCGCUGGCCUCUGGCCGGAGUGACAGGAGAGCGCGGGGCGUGCACAUGCCAUGAGGGGGAGGGAGGCGCGGAGGCUCGUGUGUACACUUGUGGACUGAGUAGUUGCUCGGGGCUUGCCUGUCGCGGGAAGCCGGGGUCAAGGGCGUGGCGCACCCGCACCGGGACUGGACUGUCACGUGUCAGUGCGGAGGUGGGGGUGUCCGCUGUCUGGCGUCUGCGCGCCGCAGGCGCAACCUCUGAGCGGGGGAAAUAUAAUAGUCGCGACCGAAAUAAAAAGCGACCC